AGGCGCAAGAGCCCGAUGGAGGAGAGGAUCAGAAUCGUCAAGGCAGCGGCAGCAAUCAUCCGGGAGGACAUCAGAGCCCAGCCGUACGACACGUCCAGAUAUCCAACACCAGACGACCUGCGCGGCUGCGGCGACAACGUCAUCCCGCCGACACUGCAGACGCUCGUCGAGGACGUCGUCUGCAAGGGAAGGUCUGGAAACAUGCGGCGCGCGAAGGCGGUGUGCAGGACGCUGGAGGAGGCCAUCAUUGCAGAGACAAGGCCCAGGUCCUUUGUGUCGCCGAUGCAGGUCGGCCUUGCUGUCUGGCUGCACCGUCGGUACGCGUCCCGUGCCCUCGUUGACGUCCUGCACGCACUGGGACUCUGCGCCAGCUACCAGGAGGCAGUCGACUACGAGACAUCAGCGGUACACCACGGAAGGCCUGCCAUUGAAGACAGCGCGUUCGUGCAGUACGUGUUUGACAACGCAGACUUCAACAUCCGCACCCUGGAUGGCCUGGGGACUUUCCAUGCCAUGGGAGGCGUCCGCUGAAUCACGCCCGCCUCUGCUGUCGACACUCCAGCGGCG